AUGGCAGUACGUGAUGGGCCUCAAGGAUCUUGGGUACCACUUGAUUGCUUGACUGAAAUUACACUCUACAGGUGCUUAGAAAUAGUGGAUAUACCAAUGCUGGAGCACUUGCCUAAUCUCAAGUCUCUUUCUUUGAGAGGAUUGAAGAAGGUUAGGCUCAUGAAUGCUUCGUUCAAUCAUUUAACGUCACUCAAAAUAAUAGAGUUAGAUAUAUUGGAAUGUCUGCCAGAACGGUUAUUUCUCAACAAUCAGAAUCUCUCAUAUGUGACUAUAUCAAGUUGUCCUGUAUUGAGAGGGUUACCAGACGGCUUGGACACCCUCAAUUCUCUGGAGGAAUUGUGUAUUUUGAUUUAUGAGAAUCUAAAGUCGAUUGGGAAUCCAAGUGGCGGAGCAAGACAAUCACAGGGGAUCCUCCGUUGGCUGAAUAUUAUAGGGUGCGGAGAGCUGAUGGAAUUGCCGUGUGAAAUGCUAGAGUGGUGGGCCCCUACAAUAUCGAAUCUCUCAUUGGAAGAAUUAAGGAGCCUAAAGAAUCUACCAAAGCUGAUCGACUGCCUCGCCAAAUCAUCUACUCGUCUCACACAAAUGAGAAUCAAAGGUGUUCCUAAAUUGAUGGGUGCUAGUAGUGAUAGUGUUGAGAGUUGGGAUCUUAGCAGCUUGAAAGAAUUAGAGAUAGAUGUGAGUAUGGAAUGGUCAAGAGAGGAUAGUGUUGGCAUUGCAGAGACUGUGGAAGGGAUGCUGCAAAGGUGCUGCGACUCACUCACUCAAUUAUCUUUUAAGGGGAUGGAAAAUUGGGAGUGGCUGCCCCAAUCAAUUCAAAAUCUCACUGUUCUUUAUUCGUUAAGGUUGGAGAAUAUAGGAGUAGAAGAAUUGCCCCAAUGA